GGUGGGUGUAAACGCUGCAUGCGUUAAGAGUGCGGAGCGCCUUGAGAUAAUUACUCCCUCAACGCAGUUGACAACGAGUGAGCGAACAGGAAACUUUUGGAGACAAGCGCAGAGCCGCGAUUUGGAGAGGGGGUGGGGGGGUGGAAAUAAAAGAAGCCCUAUUCAAAAGAAAUUGCAACUGAGCCAGACCUGGUUAAGUUCCUAAUCAAAGAACUAGUACACAUUUUCGUCUGAGACACAGUGACAAAUUGAGGGGUCUUGCCUGGAUCAACAACUUUGGGGAACCUCACCUGGGGGUGGCUCUUAGAAAUUUACAAGAGAGGGCUGCUGGAUCCGAGCUGCAUUUCCCCAAUGAUGCAAGACCAGUACCACCCCCGACCCCCAUCACUGCUGACAGUUCCCAGCAAUCUACUAGUGAGCCUUCCUUUGGCAGCAUCUUCCAAACCCACGACCUCCACCACCUAGAAGGAUGAGGGUAGCAGAUGCAUGGGAACACUGCCACCUCCAAGUUCCCCUCCAAGUUACACACCAUCCUUACUUGAAAAUAUAUCACUUUCCUUCACUAUCGCUGGGUCAAAAUUCUGGAAUUCCCUUCCUAACAGCACUGUGGGUGUUCCUACAAUACAUGGAUUGCAGCGGGUUCAAGAAGAUCCAUACCACAUUAGCAACCAUCGCUAUGGUGAGGCUAACCUUUGUAACUACAAGCAUUGCUGUAUUUGUGGCUAUUCAGACAUUUGCUUUAAUCGUCAUCUACUCUAGACAAAAGGUGCAUUUAUCCCUAUCUGACGAACAGAAUAACAAAGUUCAUAUCCUGAUUCUUUCAUCCUGGAGGUCAGGUUCUUCAUUUGUGGGACAAAUAUUCAGUCAACACCCUGAUGUCUUUUACUUAAUGGAGCCUGCCUGGCAUGUGUGGGUAAGUAUGUAUCAGAACAGUGCAAAGGUCUUGCAAAUGGCUGUUAGAGACCUUAUACGAUCUACAUUCUUGUGUGACAUGUCAGUAUUUAAUUCCUACAUGCGUGAAAACAGACUGGUAUCUGAUUUGUUCCAAUGGGAGGUCAGCAGAGCUCUUUGCUCACCACCUACAUGUGACCAUUAUGAAAGGACAGACCUCAGCAAUGAAGAAAUAUGCAAGAAACAUUGCAACAUGUCAAAAUUUUAUAAAAUGGAAGAAGCAUGCAAAACAUACAAUCAUGUUGUGAUCAAGGAAGUGAGAUUCUUUGAGUUAAUGUCACUGUUUCCUCUCCUCACUGAUCCCUCACUGAACCUCAAAAUCAUCCACCUUGUUAGAGACCCUAGGGCUGUCAUUAAGUCCCGUGAUAAAUCAUUUCAUGCACUAAUGCGAGACAGCGGUAUUGUUUUGAAUGCUAAUGGUAAACCCAUUGAAAAAGACAAAGCUGAAACAUCAAAUUAUGAAGUCAUGAAAGAAGUUUGCAGAAGUCACAUACAGAUUCAUGAGACAGCGACCAAGCAAGCUCCAGACUUUCUGAAACAACGCUAUAUGAUGGUGCGGUAUGAAGACGUAGUAAGAGAUCCACUCAAUGAAAUAUCAGCAAUGUAUAAAUUUGCUGAUUUAGCUUUGACUCCAAAACUUAAGUCUUGGAUAUAUAACAUCACACACGGGGAAGGAACUGGAUCAGCUUUCAAAAUAACAUCUAGGAAUGCUAGAACCAUAUCACAGGCAUGGAGGACUGAGGUGCCAUUUGCAAAGAUUUUAAAAAUACAGGAUAUCUGUAGGGGAGCCAUGAAUGUGCUUGGAUAUCGACUAGUUGAAUCUGAACGUGAACAGAAACUAUUAUCCCUAGAUCUUGUCUUACCGCUGAAAAAAUACAAGUUUAGCUGGUUGAGUUCUGAUGAGAAUCCAGUUUAAAUCAUAAAUGUCCUUCUGGGCAUCCAGGAACGUACUUCAUAUUGUGUUCGUCUGCUGUUUUUGAUUUAAUAAAACCUUCUGAAGUGUGUAUGAAAUGCAGAAGGAUUGCUAGAUCCUUACAGAACAUUACUGAGUUGUCAUAUUGCAAAGUUGUCAAAAUAAGCCAGAUGUUUCCAUAUUAUCCUUUGUGAUAAAUUACAGUGGUUUCAGACAUAGCACUACAAUUACAAGAUAUGCACGUUGAAAGAUGUAAUUCAUACCAUAUUUAGCAGUUAAUUUUGCAGCUGGAAUACUUCAUUUUUUGGAGGACUAUGUAUCUGUGAUAAAUUCUGUUUUAAUUUUUUUUUAGUUUAGUGACGAUAAGUUGUCCCUUUCAAUAUUGGCUGAUUUGGACCUUGAUGUGACGCAGAAAGAAGGUCCCACUGCUUUUGUGUGGACUGCUUAGGACUAGCUUUACGUAAUUGCAUUUCUGGCAAGAGCUCAUACUUGGAAAUCACUGGAACUUUUGCCAGAAUGUUCUAUGCAUAAAAUGAAUGGGCAGAAAAUUGUGAGAAAUGCAUCAGUGGGUUCCUAUUGUGCACUCCAGCUGGCAAAGGUCAUUCAGUUAAUUAUAUGCCUGAUUUUAAAAUGUACAAUUAUAAAGAGUUUUACUCUGAAGAGUGUGUUCACCAAAUCAUCAGAAGCAAUACAGGGCAACAGUUCAGGAAAAAAAAAUCUUAAGUUAUUAUUUGAUGAUUCUUUUUGUUUUAAUCACAGUAAAGCACCAAGUUCAGAACAAUAGGUCAUAUCUCUACCUUGGGCAUUCAAUGCCAAUAGAAUAGACUCCCACAUCACCACAGCAUGGCUACAUAGAGAGUAAGGCUCUCUCUCAAAAAUGUGCCCUAAUCCAUUUUAGGAAGAAAAUCUCAUACUACACCAAUGCCUUUAGAGUUUUUAUUUCUCUUUUCCACCAAUGAUACUUGUUGGCUAUCCAAAUUAAAUAACGGUGGAAAACUUGGUACCCUCCUCUUUAUUGGCUCCACUUGACAAAUUAGUUCAGACCUAAUUGGAGCAGAUUCACGAGCCAAUUGAAUAUAUUAAGCCAGUUUCAUUGAACUGAACAUUGUAACUGUCCACUGGAUCUUCCACAGAAGGUCACAUACUCGUAUACACACCCAGUCACACACACUGGCACAGGCACUCUCACACACAAUGGGAAAAUUUUGGGGUUUUUGAUUUAUGACUGUAUUGUAGUCAUUUGGGACCAAGUGUUUCUACAAUGUAUGCAAUCAGAAUUCAGAGUCUAUCAAUUCCUUUUGGUUUGCUAUUCAUACAUAAAUUGUGGGUUAUUAAAAUUUUGGGAAAAUUAA